UCAGAUAUUCCAUAACAUGGUAAUUAUUAUUGGAACAAUCAAAAAUUUUAUAAUAUGACAAAUUAAGUUGAUACAGACUAAUAAAAAACAGAAUUUUGGCGCCUUCUUAUCCUUGAACGUCUGUAAGCAAAACACACACAUCUUUUUGAACGUUUCCAUAAUCUAGAACGAUAUCUUGAAGCAAUAACAUUCUCUGCUAAUUUCUAUGACAAUCUCCAUGGCAACUGUAAUAAAUCAAUUACUGUCCGAAUUUUGGUCCUGUACACGAUUAUUUUGUAUUAAUUAUAUAUUUUAUAAUUAUUAUAAUUAAAAAUGGCAUGCAACGAAAACGUUAUAAAAAACAUGUCAAACGAAAUCACACGUAACUGCCAAUCACAGAACGUUGUGGUUGAUCCAGAUUUUGUAGUGUAUCUGAUAGAAUUGCUUCUACUGAAUCCUAAAUACGGCGGUUUGUUCUCUAAAACCAUAAGUAGAAACAAUUUGGAAUACUUCGUCAACGAAUGCGUCACGAUGUUAACGAGCAGCGAGACAUCCAUAAACACGUUAAAAAUGCAAUACAUCAUGCAAACUAACUACGACAAGCUACAGAAUCUCAUCGACAAACAUUUGGAAUCCAUAAACAACUGUUUGAGACCCCUCGUCAAUGAAAUACUGGACGAGGACGUCGACUUCGAAGACGAGGCAGCAUUCAAGAAGCUGUUUAGAAAAAUAUCCAUUUAUAUAAUAUUAUCCAGCGGUCUCGGCAAUCCUGGGUCGAUAGUGACAUUAAAAGAAGGAAUGGCUAGUUUAGAGAGUGUAUUUUCGCUGGAAGAUCUAAAAGUAUUCGUCGCUCUACCGAGAUCUGAAAAAUUAAUUCAAUUGAACGAAAUCAUGCAGAUAGCCUCUGGGGUGAGGUUGUUUAACAGAGACUGCAAAAAAGGAGGAGAGGGGAUCCCUGACCUACCUUUUAUUUUUGUGGAUGCUGGCAAAGCGUGUCUGGCUUCACUAUCAAACUCACUGAUAGCGGUGAUGCAGAGAGUGAAUUCCCUCACCACGGCCAUAGCGGACUCUAUCAGUAUACAAGAUGAAACUGGCAACGUUCUCAUAGACAUACCUUCUGGUAGUGAAUUGACCGAAGACGAUUACAAAGAUAUAUUCGAACUACUAGCCUUUAACCGCCAAUACGAACUGUUUAUACGGAAACUCCUGUCAGACGUCGAGUCUAUGGUUGAAAAUGGCGACCGUUGCGUCGAAAAAGUUAAACUUGUUUUAGAAGAGUUACAUUCAGCCGUAAAAUAUAAAGCUGCCGUCCCGGUCGUCACAGUUUUUCCGCUAUUCACGAAACUUUGGGAAGUAUGGCGUUCGAUGCAAAACGUUAUGUAUCUGAUGUCGACCGUGAAUCGUUUGAUGUCUGUGCUCGGUAACAUACAGGAUCAGAUGAAGAUACCGUACAAACUGCUGGAGAAGAUGCUGGAGGGGAAACACGUGGUCACCGAUCAAGACAGGAUGAGCAGUAAAGUUAGCAUUACGGAGAGAUUGUCUAUGGGCUCGUUGAAGAACUAUGUGGGAUAUAACGAAAACUUCUCGAUCAAUGAAAAACAUGUACAGUUUCUAGGAUUCUGUGCGCUCUGUCUGAGCGUCGGUGCGUUAGUGCCGAGUAAUAUGAGGGUAGGACUCAUCAAGAAUAACAACACGCGCUACGGAUUCUGUAGCGUCAAAAUGGCGGCACGAUUUAGUAGAGAACCACAAAGGUACAUCAACGAGGUGUUGGAUUUCGCUCGCAACAAUCCGCACGUGAUAAACCUCCUUAACAUUCUACCGGAAGUAAGUAGCGUGCGGACCAUAGACCAGCUCGUUACCAAAGUUUAUCCAAAAACGAGAAUCUCCGACAAAGACGUUCAGACAGAAACCCAUCCUAUAGAGAGUUAUAUAGAAAAGAAUUAUUCCUGGAACCUUUGGGAAUGGAAACGGAGAGCUUGUCAGUGGUCUUCAAUCGUGAACUGUAAGACUCACUCGACCCAGACUCACUACAGCCACCUUCGCUCCGAGGUCCACUGUCAGACCUUCCAGCCGAGGGACAAGAACAUGCAGACGAAGAAAGACAGCGGCGUCAACACCGACCCCAACAAGGUGUUCCUGUGGGGGCUCCGGGGUCAGAUAGGUUACGGCCAACACGCUUUGGAACUAAACAAAAUGGCGGACAGCGAGAAACAAAAAGCUCGAGUAAUUUCAGUGUGUAGCUGGCCGUGUGUCAGUAAAGAAACUAUUUUGAACGACCAAAGAUCACUUGCCGAAUAAAUGAUUGUAUUUAUAUAUGUUGUAGUUCUUUAAUAUACAAUAAUCAUUGAAUUGUAG